AGCGUUGCAACUGAUAGAUUAUCGUCUGCUCUAUACACUACCUGUUUUGUGUAUACAAACACACGGUGACACAACAGUACAAAUUCGCUCAUCUGUCAAUCGUGUUUGAUUUAUGGCGUGAGUCUGUGUGAACCAAAAGGAUUGAAGUUACCUUCUUAAGCGAAUUAUACAUAAUUAAUUUUAUAUUAAUAAGUACCCGACCAAUUUCAGAUGUGUCAACAUGUAACACGGAAGUGAAAAUGGCGAUUGGAAAAAUUAAUAUGGGUAGAGUAAACACUAGAUUUCUGCAAGUGUUUAUUAUAUGUUUAGUAGCUCAUUGCACCUUGAUAAAUUGCAAAAAGAGAAAACAUGCGCCAGUGGUGGCCUUCUUUCAAGGUGACUGUAGCCACAAGUUCUGUGAACAGAAGUGCCGUGACAUCGACCAUGGUGGCUACGCCUGUGAAUGUUACCAUGGCUACAAGCUGGACAACAACGGAAUGUCUUGUACAAAAGUCGAGGACAGCAGAAAUGUCGUAAUUGGUGAGGAUGAAGUCAGAAUAGUUGCUGUGAAGGAAAACAAUAUCGGAGCAAGGGAAGAACUUAAACCUGAUCACAAAUACAUAAUUGCAAACAAUGAAAAAGAUUCAGAUAGAAGUCACCUAACAGUUCAUCAUGAACAUAUUCCAUAUCGAAAUGGAGACAAUUAUAUAGUAAAGGGUAAAGGUGAUUUAAACAAUUAUCAAAUUGAAUCUAGCAAGGAAAAUCAAUAUAGUCAACUAAACACUGUUGGUAACAAGUCACAAAAUGUGGUUAUAGGGGAAAGGAGUGAACCAUUGACUUCAGACACAAUCAAAAUAAUUUCAUACGAUGAAAAACAAGACGCCCCGUCUCUGGAAAGGGAAGACCUGGUUAGUUCAGAGACUAGACAACGAAACGAUCUGCAGAGUUUAGUGCCGCAUUUGCUUCCGAAAAACUUUGUUCGACCUCGGCAGAAUUCUGUCGAGGAAAAGUGUGACCAGUUUUCCUGCCUGAACAACGGAAAGUGUGUAGACGAUGGGACGGUGUAUCGUAGGAAGAUGCGAUGUGACUGCCCAUUGGGAUACAUGGGACCUCGCUGUGAUACAGUUGUUAAUGCCCGAUAUCCAAAAUUCGCGGGCAACAGCUACCUGGCGUUACCAGUCUUGGCGAACAGUUUUCGGGAAAUCGAUCUUGCCUUCGAGUUUAAACCGGAGAAAGACAAUGGCCUUCUGUUCUUCAGCGGUGAAUUUGAAGAUGCACACACCGAUUUUUUGUCUGUGUCUCUCAUUGAUGGAUUUGUUGAACUCAGAUAUGACUGUGGAACUGGGAUGGGCACAGUUAGGUCAUCAGCUCCUGUUGCUAUGGAUAAAUGGAACACGUUGAGGAUCAACCGGACAGAGAAUCACGCCUCACUAUGGUUGAAUCAGCAACAACCUGUAUAUGGGGAGUCCCAGGGAUCAUACACUAGAUUGACCUUGCGGCUAAACCUCUACAUUGGAGGUUAUGACAGUUUUGAGUGGAUCAAGAACAGGGUUGGCAUGGUGACAGGGCUAACUGGCUGCAUGGAAAAGGUCAUCAUCAACGGAUACAUGUAUGAUCUUCGUAAAGCUGACCUUGUUGGGGAUGCACAGUUUGGUGUAAAUGUUGGAGAUUGCAGUGAGGGUUUGUGUACAAGGGUGGCGUGUGAGCACGGUGGGACAUGUAUGGUUACUUCCCCUUACUCCCACGUGUGCCUAUGUCCCUUGAGAACAGGGGGAGACAACUGUCAGCAUGUUCUAGAUGUGCAUAUACCAGAAUUUCAAGGUCAUUCCUAUCUGGAACUGAAAGGCCUGGGCAGAACAGCUCUUUUGUUCCUUGACAUUGAAAUUGUCUUUAAAGCAGAGAGCCCCAAUGGUCUGAUAGUCUAUAAUGGAUACACACUGGACAGAGUUGGUGAUUUUAUUUCCUUGGCACUUGAUGGUGGAUUUAUUGAGUAUCGGUUUGACCUUGGCACUGGACCUGCAAUUAUAAGAUCUCGUCAACCAAUUAAACUGAACCACUGGCAUACCGUGAAAAUCUCUCGGACAGGCAUGGAGGGGGUCAUGGAGGUGGAUGAUGAUGAACGAGUGAUAGGUCUCUCCCAGGGGGCCUUCACACAACUCACAGUCACCCAGAACAUGUUCAUUGGGGGUCAUCGGAACUUUGAUGAGACAUCAAAACAAGCCAAUGUUACUAAGUCAUUUGUGGGCUGUAUUCAGAAGCUAAUAAUCAACAAGAAGCAUAUUCAUCUGCUCAAGGACGCCAUAUCAGGGGUGAACGUGGAGAACUACGGUCAUCCGUGUGUUGGAGACCCGUGUUUGCAUGGUGGUCUGUGCACUCCACAUGGGGAUGUCUUCACCUGCCACUGUUCACUCGGUUACAUGGGGAAUACCUGCAAUAAAAAGCUCAACUUGGAAGAUGCUAUUCCGAAGUUUUCAUCAGAUAGCUUUUUGAAGUAUACACAUGAUGACAUAAUAAAAAGGAUUGUUGGAAACAGAUUAGACGUUCAUAUUUCAAUCAAAACAACAUCAUACAAUGGUCUUUUUCUCUGGAGUGGUCCAGAUCAGAUGGAAAACAAUAGUGACUACUUUGCGCUAGGUUUCAUAGAUGGAGCUUUACAUUUCCGAUACAACCUUGGAAGUGGGGAGGCUAUAUUGACAUACAACAACUCUAAGCUUUUUGAUGGCAACUGGCAUUAUAUUUAUGUUCAAAGAACAAGCCAGAAUGCCAAGUUAUCCAUUAAUGGCAAGGAUAUUGUACAAGGCAGUUCCAAAGGCAGCUACACAAUGUUGAACACAAACAAUAUACUCUAUAUUGGUGGAUUACAAGACGUUGAGCAAAGAACGCUGGGUAGAUUCAAGUCCGGCUUUAGCGGUUGUCUACGAGAUUUAGUGUUAGAUGAGAAAUACACUUUGGAUAUGUUGACAAUUGCUGAUAGUGGCAGAAACAUAAAACCCUGUUUGUGAAUGAAGUGAACACAAAACAUUAUCAAGGUCAAGGUAACAAGGGCUUGUUACAUAAACACUAUGUUCAUGUGUUCCCAUGGACCUUUUUCAUGCCUGAUUUCAAGAAAACCAUUUAAAGUACAAUUAUACAAAUGAGUAUACUCCUUAAUAAUGAUAAAUGAACAAAAAAAGACACAUACGUGGUAUCCAUAGCUGAUACAGUAAAAUAAUAAAAUUAAUCCCCGCACACAACAACAGAAAUUAAAGAUUACAGUUAAAUUAUAAGGAUUGUCACAGUUGAAUUUGUGUUAUUAUUAUAUAAAAAAUAAUAUGUGAAUGUUCUUAUGAUAUGAUUUAAUGUUCAACUCAAUAUUUGACAUGCCUUCUUUUUUUCCGAUUAUUUGACUCUUAUUUCCCACGCAUUUAUGAAUGGACAAAAAAAAUGUUUACAUGGUUGUUUGAUAUAAACCUUGAAAUACUUAAUAUGUAAAAACAUUUAACAUGUAUUUAGCAUUUGCUGGUUCAUUUCAUCACAUUUUUGCAAUCAAUUUUACCAAUGAAGACUUUGAAUAUUUCCAGGUCUUGGUGUAAAAUAGACUUAAACACAUCAUUGCCUAAUUGAGUUUGAUUUUAUGAAUUUUAUUGGAAUUCACAAAUACAUGGAUGGGACAAAUUAAUUUGUUGUGUAAAAAUUUAAAUGUGAGUAUAAGUAUAUAUAAUUUAACCUGUGGCAAAUAAGAAGCAAAAUGGCAACGCCCGGGGUAAAAUGACUUAUGUUGGCCUAUAUAUCACCGUUAUUGUUUUUUUUCUUAAACUAUAGUAUACUAUUCGAUACAUAGCACAUAGGUUUUUAUUGUACAUGUUUUUUAAAUCAUGCCUCUGUGUUCAUAACUGACCAUGCCUAAGAGCUAACAUUUCUGUAUUGUAUCUUAACUAUACCAACAUUUGGCGACAGCAGAUAUUCUAUAUCACCAUUAUGACAACUAGUUAAGUAAUUAUGCAUUUUUUUUCAGAUAUUGAUAUAUACAAAUGCAUGGAUAUAGUUUAAUUAUAUUGCAUGGUGUUCUAGUAAUGUAAUAGUACUAUUUGAGAUAUUAUUAUAAAAAAAACAUGUUUUGCAAAAGACUAUUAUAUAAUUACUUAUUAUGUGCAUUAUGUGCAUUUUCUGUGCAAUAAGUUGUGUUGGAUGUUUGUCUACGUUGAAAAUGCAAAUACCAUAUUGAACCAAUAAAAUUACCUUCGCAUAAUUACAGAUUUUACUAAAAUAUUUAAGUCACUGUCUUUGAAUUCCUUUCUUGUGAAAUUAGUUGCAAAAUUAAAUUGUUUUCUUUCGUAAAAUGUUUGUAUAGUGUUAUAUGAUUGUAAAAUACUUUGAUACAAUGAUUUUUAUUUCAAAAUCAUGUAUACUGAUAUUUAUUUAAAAUGACAUUUUUCAAACUGUUCGAAAUUGUUGUUGUACUGUUUGUAAAUUAAUACAUUAAUUCUCUAUAUUGUUUUGUGGUUCUUAGUAUUAUGAUUUUCAAAGCAUGCAAUACAUUCAUAUACCAAUAAUUAGUUUUUAAAUGUGAGUUCUGUAAUUUUAUGUGAAUGGUUAAGCUAUUAUUUUAUUUGAGGCAAAUUAUGACUAUAAUAUCAAGGUAAAAAAAUUAAACUUAAUGGGUACUAAGAUUGCAUUGUUGGGAAACUAGUUUUAAAAGAUGAAGUGUCGAUUCCUCUGUCGAAGAAACAUACAGGAAAUUUUGUAUUUCACUCGAAAUAAAUGGUUUAUAUUAAGACA